UUAAAAGCGUAUGUUAUACGCACCACACAUACAUCGUACAUACUUCACACAACCACGCAGAUAUAUAUUUGUUAUUUUGGCUUUUUCCUGGCGUAUUUUAUUCAUAUUUUAGCUUAUUUCUGGGAUAUUUUAGUAAGACAUAUGACAGAUUUUGAAAUUUCGAGUUGGCAACACUGGCGCAGACUGCUUUCGUCUUCCAUCGCACUUAGGUCGAUAGAACAGUGACUAUACGCUUCGUGUGUAUUCACGAUUCUGUUUGGACAUUGUAGUCAUCUUGAUGGUGGAUUGGCAUUAAGUGCCUUAAUGCUAUCCUGGUAGUGAGAUAUCGUUUCGCAAUUCGUGGCCGUGUGCGCUACAAAAUCUUACGGGCGGAAGACUGAGAAAUAAUUCCACGGAGCAAUUCCGCCGAACAAUCAAUCGGAUCCUUCGUCAAUUAAUUCGGUAUCGAGCGUAGCUCGCGCCUUAACUCUCCACCGUUUCGCUAAAACUGAAUCGGUACUCGUUUCUACACCCCCCUCUGAGUGCUCCAAACAGUAAGCAUCUCAACUUUUUAUCUGAAUGAUAGUUUCAAAGCAGGAUGUGAUGGAACUAUAUGCAGAGGUGAUAAUUACAUUGUUAGAAUGAGAAUCUUUUUUUCGUUGAGGUGUUUGAACAAAUAUUCAGAGAGUUCAUUUAAACCAUUGGUGAUAUCAUCUUCCUUUAUGUCUUCACUAUUCGCACGCAAUUGUUCACAUUUUUUUCACUCAUGGGGCUCCAGAUUUAUGCUCUUACAUAAAUACUUGUGAUCAUUGUAAGUCGAUCGUACCACUUUCUUCUUCUUUUUCAUGUGUCUUGCCCGGUCCUCCGGAUGUUGGCAAUCACUCUGGCCAUACCUCACCAUAUUGAUAUUCUGGGAAUUAAAUAAACUGAAGUAGUUUCUUGUUGCCUUCUUCGGUUAAACAUUGUUUAAACAUGAGGUUUCACACAGUGAUUACUGAGACUGUAUAUGGACCAACAGCUUAACGUCUCUUCCGACAAAUGGAGCCCAGUUUUCCAUACAUGAAUCCUCCACUCUUUUAUUCAAUAUGGAAAGCGCAGCUUGGAAUAAAAUUCUGGUGAGGAUAUUGGAUCAACAUACGACCCAUUACGACGGGUUGCCCGCCCAAAGAUGUGCGCGUCCAGAUGUUAAUUUCGGAUUUGUCGAUAUAGUCAUACCUUUCCAACGAAGUUAUAGCGUUUCUAAUUAUCCUAAUUAUUAUAAUAAAAACAAAAAAGGCAUACGGGACCUACAGUUUAACGGCGACUCCAAACGGCAUACGUUUUGUGAAAGAUUCUGUGGGCGGAGUCAUAAUUUCUGGUGGCUUUGCCAAGACCGUCCAGAGGACGACACGAGCGUAUAUAAAUUUUUCCGGUUCUACCGGGGGAAUCGAAUCUAGGACUGCUAAUGUCGCAGAUCAAUGUGCUGUCUGCUACACCAUGCUCACUCUCCGUUUGUAUUCUAAAAAUACAAAACAACCAGUUAGCCCAUUGAUGAUAAUUUAUAUCAUGCUACCACCACAACUAAAUAAGAAUAUAUUUACUUCACUGCUCUCUUCACUCAGAUCACUAUCAGAAGACAUUUCUCUCAAAUAAUUUUGGGCUAUUGUACAGAUAGGUUUUAUACUAUUGUAGAUAAUUUAUAUAUAUAUAUAUAUAUAUGUGUGUAAAUAGAUUUUCUUCUUCUCUCAAAACUAGUAUACCAGUUACACCGUCUGCGCCGUACAUAUUUUCCUCCAUAUCUUUCAAUUCCCCUUCAUUCCUUUUCAUCCCCUCUAUCUUCCCGUUUCGCCCCUCCAUGAAGGCUUCUUUAUCCUUUUACGCGUCUUUAUCCUAUUACGCGUCUUUAGAAAAAGAUGGAAUGGUACCCGUACAGCAACUAUUUCUUUCUAAUUUCUAACGUGUUCAAACAAAAGGAGACCGCGCUAGUUAUUAUACAUCUAUGGCCGAUAACUAUCGGCUAGAGAACGUGUCGUUGCGCAAGUAUAACAUAUGGCAAAAAAGCUGCGCAACGUAUCGAUCCGAUAAUUGUCGAUAGACGGUUACAGAAUCCUUCUAUAGGACCGUCAUGCGAUAUGCACUUUAAAAGUGUGAAAGAGGUACAAAAAUGUAUCGACGAUUUCAUUGACUCAAAGUCACCAUCUUCCUUUUUUUGAGAGGGAAUUCUUCAGCUACCCGAUAAGUGAAGAGAAGUAUUAGAAAAUCAUAGCGAAUAUUUCGAAGAUUAAUAUGUUUGUUAUUUUUUUGUAAAUAAAAUCUCAAGUUUUUCCAAAAAGCAGCGAGUUAAUUUGCACACCCAAUACGUAUGUCGCAAAUUUGAAUUUUACUUAUUUUAC